AUGUACGACGAAAUCGAAAUCGAGGACAUGACAUUCGACCCGGCGCUGCAAAUCUACCACUACCCGUGCCCGUGCGGGGACCGGUUCGAGAUUGCGAUUGACGACCUGCGCGAUGGCGAGGACGUCGCGGUGUGUCCCAGCUGCAGUCUGAUGAUUAAAGUCAUUUUUGAAGUGGACGAUUUGCCGCCGCCGCCAGAGGAUCAAGCGCCUGGUGCUGUUGCGGUGACUGCGUGA